GCGCUUCUUCUCCUUCUUCGAAGCGUAUUUUCCUCUCUACCUGCCUCGUAUAUUCAUAUAUCUUGCAGAGAGGAAAAUUUUCAGAGAAAAAGGCGGGUUGAUUCUCUCAACCUUACCCUAAUCAUUCGCUGAUUUACCCAUUCCAUUCAGGCUUCUUGAUAUUGAUUUGUUGAUAUGGCUGCUACUGCAACCGCAACUGUGACUACUGCUGCUCCACGGUAUGCCCCUGAGGAUCCCACCCUUCCAAAACCAUGGAAAGGGUUAGUUGAUGGUAAGACUGGGUAUCUCUACUAUUGGAAUCCAGAAACCAAUGUUACACAAUAUGAGCGGCCUUCUUCGGGGUCUAAGGGUUCGACUCAACCACCAAAGUCUUCAUUGGUGGCCAUAAGUUCUGCAGUUCAGGUGCAACAGUCUUCACAGCAACAAGAGAAUGGUUUUAUUGAUGAUGAUAGAUAUGGUAGAAGCAGCAAUGGUGGAUCCAAGAUUCCUUCUGGAACAAGGGGUCAUGAGAGUACAAGAAGUGGGUCCCAUAAUUCACACAGCACUCCAAAUGGGAUAAUUGCUGCUGCACCAGGAGGAGCUUCUGUUCGACCUUAUGGGUCAUCAGCUGGAAGUGGUUUAUCUCCAGAUGCUUAUCGCCGUAAGCAUGAGAUAAGUGUCACUGGAGACAACGUGCCUCCACCUUUUACAUCAUUCGAAGAUACUGGUUUUCCUUCUGAGUUACUUAGAGAGGUACUUCAGGCUGGGUUUUCAGCCCCCACUCCAAUACAAGCACAGUCAUGGCCAGUUGCUCUUCAAAGUCGUGAUAUAGUAGCCAUUGCGAAGACUGGUUCUGGAAAGACUUUAGGUUACUUGAUUCCUGGAUUUAUUCAUCUUAAAAGGGUCCACAAGAAUCGUCAAAUGGGUCCAACUGUUUUGGUUUUGUCACCCACUAGAGAAUUGGCUACGCAGAUACAAGUUGAAGCACUGAAGUUUGGAAAAUCAUCAAAAAUACUAUGCACGUGCUUGUAUGGAGGAGCACCAAAGGGACCACAACUAAGAGAGUUAGAUCGUGGCACCGAUAUUGUGGUUGCUACUCCUGGUCGUUUGAAUGAUAUUCUGGAGAUGAGAAGAAUAAGCCUUAGUCAGGUUACUUACCUGGUCUUGGACGAGGCUGACCGAAUGUUGGACAUGGGAUUUGAACCCCAAAUAAGGAAAAUCGUUAAUGAGGUUCCAGCUCGUCGUCAGACCCUUAUGUAUACCGCCACAUGGCCAAAGGAGGUUCGCAAAAUUGCAGCAGAUUUAUUGGUUAAUCCAGUUCAGGUGAAUAUUGGGAAUGUUGAUGAACUUGUUGCCAACAAGUCCAUUACACAGCACAUUGAGCUUCUGGCUCCAAUGGAGAAACACAGACGACUGGAGCAGAUAUUGCGAUCUCAAGAACCGAGAUCGAAGAUCAUCAUCUUUUGUUCAACAAAAAAGAUGUGUGAUCAGCUGGCUCGCAAUUUGACCCGUCAAUUUGCUGCUGCCGCUAUUCAUGGAGAUAAAUCUCAGGGCGAAAGAGAUUACGUGUUGAAUCAGUUUCGUAGCGGCAGGUCUCCGGUGCUUGUAGCAACUGAUGUUGCUGCUCGUGGAUUGGAUAUCAAGGAUAUCAGGGUGGUGAUCAACUAUGACUUCCCUACUGGAGUCGAAGACUAUGUGCAUAGGAUCGGACGGACAGGCAGGGCGGGUGCCACUGGAGAGGCUUAUACGUUUUUCGGGGACCAAGAUGCGAAGCAUGCUUCAGAUCUCGUCAAAGUGUUGGAAGGGGCGAAUCAGCGUGUCCCUACAGAAAUUCGAGAGAUGGCUUCACGUGGUGGCGGGAUGGGCGGCAGGCCUAGGCGUUGGGGUGGUGGUGGUUCUAGUUUUGGUGGUCGUGAUGGAGGCCGUGGAGGACGAUCUGAUUCAAGCUUCGGUGGACGGAGUAGUUGGGCCGCUGGAAGGGGUGGAGGCCGUGAUAGCAACAGGGGUGGCUAUCAUCAUAAGAGCUUCCAUGAAAGCACCGUGGGUGGUGGAGAGAAGCGUGGGAGGAGCAGAAGUCCACCGAGCAAAGGUGGUUCAGGAUGGGGUGGUAGGGCUCGUAGCCGUAGCCGCAGUCUCGACAGGUUCGACAAGCCGGCUAGGACCAAUCCUAUUGGCCCACAUGAGUUUCGCCCUCGGUUUCGUCCUGGUGACGAAGAGGAAGAAGGUAUGAUUCGAGAGUAAGCAAGCAAGCAAGCAAGCUGAUUGGUGACCAAAAACAUUUUGCCAUUUAUUCUUUUUUCUAGAUAUGGGUAUCGACUGUGUUGUUAACUAUCCCGUAGGUGUUUAAACAUAGCGAAGCACAGCCGAUGUCCUAAAAAACAGGGCUUCGGGGUCGAACGAAUGUACAAUUUAGACGAGUGCUUUAGAGGAGAUCUUUGAAUUUGUUGUUGGAUGGUAAUAUUGGUAUGUAUUGAGUCUGUACUUGAUGUUGGUUACAUACAACAUAUAUAUAUAUAUAACAUAUAAUAUCAUUCUAGUGUU